AUGGUGAAAGAGAUUGGUAAGAAGUAUGUCAACGUUACACGCGACGCCAUAGAGCUGUUUAAAUCCUACUGUUAUGAAUGUCAAAAGAAACAUAAACGUCCACGAACGAAAGGAGUCGUAGUUCGUCCUAUUCUUACAAACGAAUUUGCAUCUCGGGCUCAAGUUGAUCUUAUCGAUAUGCAAUCAAUGUCCCAGCAUGCAUUCAAGUGGAUAUUGGUGUACCAGGAUCACCUCACUAAGUUUGUUAUUCUCAGAGCUUUGACUUCCAAGCGCGCUGCAGAAGUUGCUCAUAAUUUGUUGGAUAUUUUUCUUUUGAUAGGUGCACCCUCCAUCCUACAAAGUGACAAUGGUACUGAAUAUACGGCUGAAAUAAUUACGGAAUUGAAACUUUUCUGGCCGAGACUUGUCAUGGUACACGGUAAACCUCGUCACCAACAGAGUCAAGGCUCUGUGGAGCGUGCUAAUGGAGACAUUAAGGAUAUGUUGGUGGCUUGGAUGGGCGAUAACGACACCAAUGACUGGUCCAUUGGCAUCACGUUUGUGCAAUUUCAAAAGAACUCGAGCUUUCAUUCUGGAAUAGGUAGGGCACCAUACACAGCAUACACAGUUGUGAUGCCAAAGUGGGUUUAG